UGAAGGAACCCAAGCGGUCUCCCGUGUCCAUCAGUUCCAUAGGUAUGAGCACUAUUUACCAUUUAGUGCUGCUGUGCCUAAAUUUGAACUCUUUUGUGUUCAGUCAGCAGCAUGCAACGUCAUCCUUUUCCCAAGUGCCUUUCCUCACAGUGUGGAAUGCCCCUACGGCCCAUUGCCGUUCUAUGUAUGGUGUGGACCUGGACCUGGGGGUGUUCAACAUUGUCCAGAACCAGAUGCAAAGCUUCAUCGGUGAAAACAUAACCAUCUUUUACGCUGAUAAACUUGGGCUGUAUCCCAGUUACAUCCAAGGAGUGCCUAUCAAUGGCGGAGUCCCACAGAACGGCAGCCUUGAUAAGCACCUCAAAGCUGCUGCUGAAGACAUCCGUACCAAUAUUCCUGACAGGAACUUCCAGGGACUGGCCGUGGUGGACUGGGAAAGCUGGAGGCCAGUGUGGGAGAGAAACUGGGAUAGAAAGAAUGUGUACUGGGAAGCGUCCAGGGCACUGGUGAGGCACAAACACCCAGACUGGACCCCUGCCCAAGUAGAGGUGGUUGCCCAUAAGGAAUUUGAAGAAGCUGGGAGAAAAUACAUGGAGGAGACACUAAGACUGGGGAAGAGGGAUAGACCAGCGGGGUUGUGGGGAUACUACGGUUUUCCCAACUGCUACAAUUACUACAGUGAUAAAAGUAUUAAUUACACAGGGGAGUGUCCACUUGUAGAAAAAAGGAGGAACGAUGAGUUGUCCUGGCUUUGGAAUGUCUCCUCUGCACUUUAUCCCGACAUCUACCUCAGCCUUGACCAGCGCUGGCAUGGCAACCAAGUCCUCUUGUACACUCAUCACCGUAUCUUAGAGGCCAUGAGAGUCGGGGCCCAGGUGACUCCAUCAGCUCCCCCGGUGUUCCCAUAUGCUCGUAUCGCCUACACCUACUCUUUAGAGUUCCUGUCGCAGGAGCACUUGGUCUAUACGAUAGGAGAGAGUGCUGCUUUAGGAUCAGCAGGGUUUGUACUCUGGGGGGAUCACGCCUUUGCCAAAUCUCAGGCUACCUGUUAUGCCAUCAAAAACUACAUCGAUGAGACUCUGGGUCGUUACCUGGUGAACGUAACAUCGGCAGCCAGUCUUUGCAGCCAGGCGAUAUGUUCCUCAAGGGGGAGAUGCCAGAGGGGAAAUCCAAGCUCCCGGGUCUACCUCCACCUCGACCCUGCCUUCUGGGACGUGAUGUCUGAGAAGAGGGCAGAAGGAGGGCAAAACUACCGAGUGAAAGGGCAGAUAACGCAUCAUCAGGUUUCAGACCUGAGGUCCCAGUUUCGAUGUGCGUGCUACCCUGGAUGGGAGGGUAAGAGCUGUGACAAACCAAUGCACCAAUGAAACGCCUCUCUACAAUGUGGACACGUGAAAGAAAUGAGAUGAUCGUUUUUCAACCAAAAGAACAGUGUUGGUCAAAGAUGUGUAAAAUACUCCGCUUUGUUGUAAAAAUAUACCAUUUAACAUCUGCGAUGUAUUGCUAGGUGAGCGUCGAGCUACUUAUCUGCCUGAGUUAUUAAGGUUGGAUUAAUUAUGUUAUAGUCGGCUCCUAAUUAAUUUGUAUUAUAGUAAUCUCCUGCAUGUGGAGAUAAAUAUGAAGCCUUGUUUGAUGUGGCAAAUGGUUUCUUCGUGUGAGCUCAGGUGUUCAGAGACAGUGUUGUGAAAUCUUCUAAUAGGUCAUACAUAGAAAUAUAAAGUCAAUGUGUUGCAUAAUUUUCACGUGCUCUUCCAAUUUAUUGUAAUUAAUUAAAAAAAGUUAAUGAACAAAAUUAAUUAAA